UGCCGCGUCGGGACGGAGCCCGCGGAUGGCGCUGUGACUGCCUUUCCCCUGAGCCGUGGCUCGGGACGUCAGCUGGUUACCUGAUCCAUGACUCAGGAAAGCGAAUCUCCUUCAGUAGGCGCAGGCCUGGCCAGUAAAUGGCUACGGAGGCAAACAACGCCGCUGUCUCCCACCUCUCGCCAGUAUUUCUUGUGUCCGCCAUUGACGCCGCCAGAGAUCUGCGGAAGAAGGAGUGCACGACGGCGAGUAUCGUCGAUGGAGUUCCUGAUGCAACCAAUUAGGAGGUCCGCGGUGAUGGAGGAGGUGAAUGACAACCAGUUGCCAAUGGAGCCGGUGCACUACCCAGCGGUUGCGACAGUGACGGAGGAGCUGUCCCCCAUGGCCACUAUAAGCGUUGACGGGCAGACCUGUGCGAUGGAUGGGGCAGCUGCGGCUGAGCGGGAUGAUGAACCGCAGGCAUCUGAGCAAUCCAUUGGCCAAGUUGAUCCAAAAACACCAGGCUGGACUCGCAGGGUUAGAAUUGGAGCUGCUGCUCCUGGCAGGGCUCCUUGCCCUGGGCGAACCAGUGCCCUUGAGAAAGCAAUUCGGGGGUUUGGUGACAAGCCUGGAAGCAUUGUGGUUGUGCCAGAACUGGGCACAAGCUUUGAUACACUUGGGGAGGCCUAUGACUUCUACAAUCUCUACUCGUGGGAGAAGGGGUUUGGAAUAAGAUAUGAGAAGAGUAGGCUGAAUGUGGAGAGAACAAAGUGCAUGCAGGAAAUUGUUUGCGGGGGUGCAGGUAAACCAGGUGUGGAAAACACAAGAUCAUGUCGUUGUGAAUGCCCGGCAUUAAUAAGACUGCUUCGCACAAAGGACAAUGGUUGGUACAUAGCUGAGCACCGUGAGCAGCACAACCAUUCGCUAUCUCCUACAUAUGGGCAGACAAUACACUGGCCUUCACACAAGCACAUCGAUGCUUACAGCAGAGACUUGGUCGAGCAGUUGCGACAAAACAAUGUUAACCUAGCCAAAGUGCAUAGCAUAAUUGGAAGCUUCUUUGGUUCAAUGGAAAAGGUGCCUUUCACAAAAAGAGCUCUGAAGAAUUUGUGUGGUAAAAUAAAUAGAGAACAGUCAGAGGAUGAUGUGAGGAAGACCAUGGAGGUGUUUGCAGAGCUGGGCUCAAGAGAUCCUCACUUCACCUAUCGUGUGCAAGCAGAUGAGGAUGGUCGGAUAGCAACUCUUAUGUGGGCAAAUGGGAGCAGCAGGUUGCAGUACACAUUCUUUGGAGAUGUCGUAACCUUUGAUACAACAUACAGAACAAACCUGUACAACAUGCCAUUUGGUCUGUUUGUGGGUGUGAAUAAUCAUUUCCAGAGCAUCAUCCUGGCCGGUGUUCUUGUCCGUGAUGAAAAGGUGGAGACAUUUGAGUGGGUUUUCAUAGAAUUCAUUAGGAUGAUGGGUGAGACUGCACCGAGGACAAUUCUAACAGAUCAAUGCCGGGCUAUGGAGGUCGCCAUUAAAAAUGUGAUGCCGCAGACGGCACACCGUUGGUGCAAGUGGCAUGUGCUGAAGAAGGCAAAAGAAUCACUUGGAUCGCUGUACUCGAAGAAGAGCGAGUUUAGGGCAGAAUUUCACAAGGUAGUAAAUCACAUGCUUACAAUCGAUGAAUUCGAGGAAGCUUGGAAGAUCUUGGUGGAGAAAUAUAGUUUGAAGACACAUGACUACAUGAGGCAGUUGUAUGACAUAAGACACAAGUGGGUGAAGCCUUAUUUUAAAGGAGUUUUUUGUGCUAAGAUGAGCAGCACCCAGCGCAGUGAAAGUGCAAACCACAUGUUGAAGAACUACGUACCGCUUGGUUGUCCCAUGCAUAUGUUUGUGAAGAAAUACAUGAGACUACAAUUUGACAGGGAAGCCGAGGAGAACUACGAGGAGAAGCGGACACAGAUAGGUAGACCGCUGUACAGAGCAAACUUAGCUAUAGAGGCAUGCUGGUAAGAUAUACACGCGAGCUAUGUUCGAGCAGUUUGGACACAUUCUUUAUGAGUGCGGCGCAUACCAAGUGGAGGAGCUGGAGAAAGGAAAAUUGUAUCUUACCAUUCAUACCGAUGCUGCUAGGAGGGAGAAGUGGUGUAGGGUGUCAUAUAAGGUAGCUGUUCUUGAAGGAGGUGAUGAAUAUGACCGUGAGUGUGGGCAAUUUGCACACAUGGGGCUGCUUUGCAGCCAUGUUGCGAAGGUGCUGGAUUUCAUCCGUGUUAUAGAGAUACCGCAAAAACACAUUGUGAAGCGAUGGACCAGGGACGCACGGGACAUACUGCCAGCCCACCUUACUCAAUAUCAGAGAGGUAAUGCUCACAACAAUCCUUUCAGCUUCAGGCAUUUCAAUAUGUAUAUGCAUGCCAUGGAGUUGGUUCGAAUGGGCGAUGCAAGCGUGGAAGCAUAUGACAAAUUCAUGACUCUCAUCAAGGAUUGCCUGGUCCAAAUGGAACCAUUCUCGGAAAUAAGGGAUGGGCUCGGACUGGAGGACAGGAUUGGUCAGCAUGGAGAUGGUGCUAAUGCAAGGGCAAAUGGUGAUGAGCUUGCUGCCCAUACGACAGUAGUUGCGGCAAGUGGAGGUGCAGGCUUCGGAAAUGUGAAUGAUGAUGCUACUUCUGCAAAUGAGAGUGGUAAUAGACUCAGUGGCUUGUUGGCGCCAAAGAAAAGGAAAGAGAUGGGGCGCCCGACAACUAGCCGUGAGAAGGCACCUUACGAGGGGCUCAGGUAGCGGACCAGGUUCUGUAGCAUAUGUCGGCAGCAAGGGCACAAGAGGACUACUUGCCCGGACCGGGGUGAUGCACCAAAGCCUGUUCGGAAACCAGCAAGGUGCAAAAAUUGUGGAGUUGAAGGUCACAGGCGAAACAACUGCAACAAAGUUAGUGAUCUGCGGGUUAUAGGCAUGUGAGCGCUUGGAAAGAACUACUUAGACUAAAAAUCUGUAGUUCUGAAUGUGUGGUUCAGUAAUUAUGUGUGUAGAACUUAUGAAGUUUCAUGCUUGCUGAGUGUAUGCAGCUCCUAUGCAUGUGAAAAAGUAGUUAUGUGGAAUCUAAAAAAUCACGUACUGUUGAACUGGUCUGCAUCUAAUCGUAUAGGGGAUUUGCAUAAAUCAAUCUUAAGUAUUUUUUUGAA